GGACCGUUCUCCUUAGUUCUUGCAGUUUGGGCUGCCAUUCAAAAGAAGAAACAACCAAGAACAGAAACAACCAAAAGAUCACCAUGCUGAAGGAAGUUUGUUUUCUGUUAAUGGCCACAUACGUGGCGGCAACCUAUGGCACAGGUUACCCCUCACAACCAAGCUAUCCAGCCCCGACCUACCCCAACAGUGGAUAUCGUUAUGUCGUCUACGUCCAAUACCUCUACUACUUGUACGCUGUGUACGGUCCCAACUCUGUCCAAUACAUUCAGUAUUACCAAUACUUGAUCAGAUUGCACAUCAUUCCUCAAGGAUUCUCUUUUGGACCUGGCAGAUUCCCAGGCGGAUUCCCAGGUGGUAUCGGUGGAAGUAGAAUUAUAGGGGGUGGUAGCGGCAUAACCCCGAUCGGAGGGGGGUUUAUCCCGGGUGGUGGUUUUCCAGGAAGCAGCGGAGGAUUUCCCAGCGGUAGCAGAGGAAGCUCUCUGAGUUUCUCUAGCGGAUCUGGUUUUUUCUCUGGAUCCGGAAGUGGUUUCCCUAGUGGUGGAUUCCCAGGCGGACUUUCCUCCGGCGGAUUCCCCAGCGGAUCUUUCCCUGGAUCCGGAAGUGGUUUCCCAAGUGGUGGAUUACCUAGUGGUGGAUUCCCAGGAAGUAUCUCUUCUGGUAGCAUUUCCAGCGGAUCUGGUUUUUUCUCCGGAUCCGGAAGCGGUUCCCCAAGUGGUGGAUUCCCAGGCGGACUCUCCUCUGGUGGCUUCCCCAGCGGAUCUGAUCUUUUCCCUGGAUCUGGAAGCGGUUUCCCUAGUGGUGGAUUCCCAGGAGGACUCUCCUCCGGUGGAUUCCCCAGCGGAUCUGGUUUUCCAAGCGGUGGAUUAUCCAGUGGAGGAUUUCCAGGCGGACUCUCCUCUAGCAGUUUUUCUAGCGGUAGUUCCAUCCUGAGCAGCGGCAGUUUAGGUGGUGGUCCUGGUGGUAUUGGAGGUCGUCCUGGUGGUAUCGGAGGAGGAAUUGGAGGCAGAAAGAAACUUGGUUUUUACUAGACUGUUCCCGGAUUGACUGAGAUGGAUUUGACCUUGAACCUGCAUUUCAUGUGAUUUACUUAUUUGUUAGGUUGUGGAAUAAACAAAUGACGCCCAAA